AUGGGCAAUUUACCUGGUGUGAAAAUGAUCAAUUCCAAGUUUUUCCCCAGAAAUGCUACAUGUCAGGAAGAGGAGGGAAGUGUUUACAACGAGGAUGAGGAAAUUGUGGCACAUGUUCAGCAGGGUCAGGCUCUGAAUAGAAAAGAAGCCAUGGUGUUCAGUGCUAGCAAAGGAGAUGUGGUUGUUAAGCUGAUACGCCAACACUCUGUGGCCGCUGUUCAGGGAGAAGCUGUAACUAAUGACUACUUCCUUGUGAUCUUUAACUGUGCUCCGUCUGAAGGCAGGAGGUUUCAGCUCUCUCACGCCUCCACUAAACCUUCUGGAUUCUGGUACCUGCAUCCUAUGAUGCCUGGCAGCGGCUCCAAGAGCAAAUUCUGUAUUACUCCAUUACUUUCAGAAGGGUCAGCAGGGCUGCCCUUGCUUUACACUGAGGGUUGCUGCAAUGACUUCACUUUCACCUGCGUCAUUAAUCAUCUGGGCUAUCAUCUCGUGGCACUCAGCCGUAUUCCAGACACUAAUACCACUGAGAUAAUACUCUGGAAUCUGAAGACCACAGGCAUGUGGCCAAGUUACCUUCAGUUCGUCUUGGAGGUGUUUGUCCUGAACUUCCUUGUUUAGCCUUUUGUGGUGGAGAGAACUACCUUCAAAUGUGGAACUUGGCUGCAAAGAUCAAUGACCAGUUUUUGACUGUUACUACAAACAAGGGAGAAAACACAAAUGGAAUUUGAGACA